UUUAUUAUUUCCAAUAUUUUCUGUUAUUCAAUUCUUCACCUUCCCAACCGUACUUUCACAACUAGCCCCUUUAUCCCACAAAGUUCCUUCUUUCUCUCAAAAAUUUCAUCAUUUUUUUUUCUCUUGUAAAGGUUCCUUUUCUGUCAAAAGAUUUUUUCUUGUCUUUUCAAUUUAAUGCUUUCUGCCAAAAGAUUUAAAUGUUUCUGUUAAUUUAUUGCUUUCUGUCAAAUCAUUUCUUUUCUUGUUCCUGUUAAAGUUCCUGCUAUUUGCUAAACGACGUCGUUUUUGUUCAUUAAAUUCUUGUUCUCUGCUCAAAAGAUUCCAUUUUUACUGUUAAGUUCUUGCUCUCUUCAAAUAUUUCAUUUGUUUCUGUUAAGUUCUUGCCUUGUGCUAAAAAAAAAAAAAAAAAAAAAAAGAAUCAUUUUCUCUGUUAAGUUCCUGUUUUCUGUGGAAAAAAAAAAUUGAUCUUUUCCUGUUGAGUUCUUGCUUUUUGCUAAAAAGAUUUCAUUUUUUUCUGUUAAGUCCUUGUUUUCUGUUCAAAGAUUUUUUUUUUCUCGGUACUUUGAUUUAGUUCAAAAGAUUCAGUUUUUAUUGACUAAAUCAUUAAUGGGUUGCUGUUAAGUUCUUGUUUUCUGUUCAAAGAUUUCAUUUUUAACUGUUUAAUUCUUGUUCUCUGUUCAAAGAUUUCAUUUUUAACUGUUAAGUUCUUGUUUUCUGUUCAAAGAUUUCAUUUUUUUUAUUUUUUUGCUGUGUUGCUUCAAUUUAGUUCAAAAGAUUCAAUUUUUAUUAACUAAUCCAUUAAUGGGUUGCUCAGCUUCACGUUCUUAUGACUUUGUCACAACAGAUCAGCAAAAUCCAUGGAAUUAUUCAUCUUCUUCACAUACACAAUCUCCAUAUUCAUACUCAGAUUCAUCUUCAACUCCAGUUUCAAGAACACUUUCACUUCCUACUCCUUUAGUUCAUCAUCCUGCUAUGAGAAAAGGAGACACAAAUCAUUUGGUUUCUCUUACUUCCACCACUUAUGGUUCACUUGUCUUAAUUGAACCCCAAAUUCCAAACCCUAACCCUAACCCUAACCCUAAUUACCUAAUUGGGACUGACACACAAGACCCUUUAUCUCCUGAUUCAGUAAUCAACACAUGGGAGCUAAUGGAAGGGCUUGAUGAGUUUGAUUUCCAUAUGGUUACUAAGUCCAAGAGUCUUGAUAUUCAAAGUGAGUUAGAUACAAAUGAGUUGGAAAAAACCUAUGAGUUUGUUGAGCACUCGGAUUCGAAGCCGUUAUGGAAGCAUUUGUCUGAGGAACAAUUGCUUUCUAAAAUGGAUCCUAAUGUAGCUUCAAGCUAUAGACAAGCAUUGUCUUCCAAAAGAUUCGGAUACAAAGAGUCGGAUGAUUGUGCAAAGCGUGAAAUUGUUAGUUCUAUAGAGUUAGAGUCAAGUAAUGCAGGCUUAAAGGGUAUAGAGGAUAAAAUACAGCCCGAAAUUGUUAGUUCGAUAGAGAAAGAGUCAAGUAAUGGAAAGUUAAAGGGUACAGAGGAUAAAAUACAGCCCGAAAUUGUUAGCUCGAUAGAGUUAGAGUCAAGUAAUGCAAAUUUAUUGAAGGGUACAGAGGAUAAGAUUGUUCUGUAUUUUACUAGUUUAAGAGGAAUCAGGAAGACUUAUGAAGAAUGCUGCACCGUGCGAAUGAUCUUUAAAGGGUUUCGGGUAUGUGUGGAUGAAAGAGAUGUAUCUAUGGAUUCAUCAUAUAGAAAAGAGUUGCAAAGCGUUUUGGAAGGGAAGAUGGUUAAUUUGCCUCAGGUGUUUAUUGGAGGAAAGUACGUUGGUGGUGCGGAAGAGAUUAAGCAACUUCAUGAGGCUGGAGAACUGGCUAAGCUUGUGGAAGGGUUUGCAGUUAAGAAAUCCGGUUUCGUUUGUGAAAGCUGUGGCGAUGCGAGGUUUGUACCCUGCCCGAAUUGCAGUGGGAGUCGCAAAGUAUUUGAAGAGGAGGAAGGGAAGUUGAGGAGGUGCCCUAAUUGUAAUGAAAAUGGAUUGAUUCGAUGCCCUGGCUGUUGCCCAUGAAUAUUGAUUUGCAUUUGUCAUGUACAUGCUUCCACUAUCUUAUUCGAGGUCUAUGAAUUUAUGUUACUACUUAUGUAUUGAUAUUGAAAUGUGUAGUUUCCUCUUGUAGACCUAUUUCAAGUGUCCAUAUUCUCUAGCUCUGGAAGAUUCAUGUUCACCGACUUUUUGAACAACUCAGAAGUAAUAAAUAUUGUGAACAAACAUGUGAUUUUGAAAUGUUCUGUUUCUUCUGGUUUGAAUGAAAGUAUUCGUGGGAUUCUUAGAGA